UUCACGUGACAGUAGUUCCUCGUCGUUGAUCCCUAAAGACAACAGUGUCAAAAAUGUAGUUUUAUUAGUGAAAUUAGCUUGUCACAGUAAUGUAACCAGCAAUUAAAUAUGCAUAGUCAAUCAUCGAUCAUCUGUGCUACGAUCAUCUCGCGUGAUCUCAUUACGGUGUUUUGUUGUCUUCCCACCAGCCAAUCACACACACCCUCCAGCACAACCAUCCACAGCCGCUCGACUCUUCACUCCGUGGGGUCUAUCCGGGAGGAUGUUGCGCACUUUCCGAGGUGGGCUUAGCGUCGGGCCACCGAAAUGAAGCGGUACUGAAGAGGAGCCAUGUUGACUUCCAGUGAGAAGACGUCACUAUCGGCUUCAGAUGAGCACUUUAAAUCUGCAUAGAGAUUUACCGUGGAUAACAACAUGUCCGUGAGCCUUGGAGUCCCAUUUCUUCUAAAUCAACAACUUCUUUGUGGCGACAUAUUUCAAUCCGUGCUGAUGAUAAGGCAGGAGGAGGGUGAACACCCAUUCACUACAAUGUACAUCCCAUCCUUUUGAUGACCUGCUUCCUGUGACUGCACACCCACCCAUGGCUGAGGACAGCGGCGUGGCCAGGCAGCUGGAGAGCGUGGAGAGGAGCGUGGUGUUCCUCAGGCAGGAGCACCUCACUUUGCUCCAUGGGCUCCACUUGGAGAUUCUCUCCUUGCAGAGACGAUGCUCAGAGUUGACAAAUGAGCUGAAGGUGAAGCCUCCGGGUAGAAGUCAAAUUGAAAUACAGGAGGAAGAGGAGCUGCUGGAGGCCCGCUGCAGGGACGUAGAAGACUGUCUAGCCGAGCAGGACUGCACCAUAGGAGACAUACGCAAGGAGCUGAGCCACAAAGGCACUUUAGUGGGAGCCCUUCGAGCCAAUCUGAAGGAAAAAGAGCGCCACUUCCUGGAAGAGCUGAAACGGCGCAGCCACUGCUCCACCGUCCUGAACACAGAGCUGCAGAAACAAACCGAGGCGGCCGCGUACCUCUCGUUCCAGCUACACGCGACCAAGCAGAAGCUGCAGCAUCAGCGGCUGCAGCAGAGACAGGCGUUCCUGUCCAGAGCCUCAAAUCAAGGUCCCCAGUACGGUCCUGAGCACAUCCCCCCACCGCAGGUGCCCUCUGGAGCCUCCCUUGCUUCUCCUGUAGUUAAACCCAAACGUAAGAACACAAGAGUCUCAUCUCGAGAGGAACGUGCCCGUGAAUGUGUCCCCAUCGAGAAAGUGACAGGCCCCGCGGAGCCCGCCGCCAUGCCGGACCCCGCUCUCUUCCUUCACCCCUGGAGGCUCAGAGUGCGUUCCAGGAGACAACCUCCGAUCCAUGUGGAACAAGGUGAGGAAGAGGAAUCUGGUGACCAAAAUCUAGUCAAGCCACAGGAACAUGCAGCCAGACUGGUAUCUUCAACUGCAGCGCCCCCUACUGCUGAGACCAAGGCAGAGUAGCAAAAGCUUCCGUCGACACUGUUAAUAUUCUUGUUCUGCACCUUGACUGAAUCGACCGAUUUUAGCGACUUAAUUACAUCUUUUUUUUUUAAAUACCAUAAACUACAGUCCAACAAAAGUCUAAAUUAUCACUUGAACUAAGUCAGUGUUUGAAUCAGCUAGCGUUUACACGGGCGCCAUUCCUACACUGCGGGG